AUGGCGAAAGGGCUGCGCGCAAAAUCAUUGCGCAGAUAUCGCACCGCUAAACGCCAUAUAAUUAAUGAUAUCGUGGAAGUACCUCGAUUGGAGGAGGCUAAUCGCAAGGUCCGCCUAUUACAGCGUGGCAUAGAUGUCACACCAGAGGUGAAGCCUAACAAAUUCUUAGAGCCAGAUAAUCCAGAAGCUGUGAUCCCUCAGCGCGCAGUGAAGCCAGCUAUUGAUUUACGUUCAGAAGCCGUACCAUAUUCUGGUCUCGCUGGUAUGUACAACAGACGCAAAUUUAGCCCUGAGGAGAUCAGAGAAAGCCGCUUCCUAUCGGUGGUGCAAGGCCACCUUUUACCACCAAAGGGUGAAAUCGCAAUGGAUACAGAUCAAGUAGCAGUCGCCGUACGUAGUACUGCACGCGAAGGUAACUAUAAACGUGGCAAAGCUCACGCGCAUGCUGCCAAGAAACUGAACGCUAUAAAGAAACGAAAACGUUAA